AUGACCGAGAAGCAGGAUUUGGAAGGAGGUGAUCCGAAUUUAGAAUGUACGAAACAAAUAGUGGAGUUACCCGUACUUCCAAAGCCACUCACACUGGAAGAGAAGAAAUACCUCUUAGCCGUCGAGCGUGGGGACAAGGUUAACGUUAGAAGGAUAAUUCAAAAAGCUCAUCGCAAAAAUGGUGUAGACAUAAACUGCGUAGAUGCAUUGGGUCGAGGAGCUCUCACUUUGGCAAUAGAUGGUGAAAAUCUGGAGAUGGUAGAGCUUCUUGUCGUCAUGGGGGUGGAAACCAAGGACGCACUCCUGCAAGCUAUUAAUGCGGAAUUCGUGGAAGCGGUGGAACUGCUGCUUGAGCAUGAAGAGUUAAUCUAUAAACCAGGAGAGUCAUACAGUUGGCAAAAAGUUGAUCCAAACACGGCGAUGUUCACUCGAGACAUUACGCCACUGAUGCUCGCAGCACACAAGAACAACUACGAAAUCAUCAAGAUUCUUCUUGAUAGAGGAGCGAACUUACCCGAUCCUCAUGACAUUAGGUGUGGGUGCGACGAUUGUAUUCGCGAUUCCACUGAGGACUCCCUCCGGCACACCUUGGCACGUCUCAACGAGUAUCGAGCCCUCGCAUCUCCUUCCCUUAUAGCAUUAUCUUCAAAUGAUCCCAUUCUCACAGCUUUUGAGUUGUCAUGGGAGCUCCGGAAUCUGGCCUAUGCUGAACAGGAGAGUAAAACAGAAUAUUUGGAACUACGUCGCCAAGUUCAGAAGUUCGCUGUUGAUCUCCUGGAUCAGUCGCGAAGCUCGCAUGAGUUGGCUGUUAUCCUUAAUCAUGAUUCAAAAGAACCGCCAUUCAUUGAAGGCGAACAUAUGAAGUUAUCACGGCUGGAGUUGGCGAUCAAUUUUAAGCAAAAGAAGUUUGUAGCGCAUCCAAACAUUCAGCAGCUUUUGGCUUCUAUCUGGUACGAAGGAGUACCAGGUUUCCGUCGGAAGUCAGCUAUCGAGAAGAUCAUGAUCAUAUUUCGCACGAUCAAAGAUCUCAAUAAGGAACUAUUGAAACAGAGAGGGAACGCACCCACGUACUUGGAAAUUGCAGUUUUUAUUUAUGUGUUAGGAUUUAUCUGGGAGGAGACACAAGAAAUCUACGUAGAAGGAAUCCAUUCUUAUCUCCGAAACUUGUGGAAUUUUAUCGAUUUCACACGCAAUUCGCUUUACGUCGCUGUGGCACUUUUACGUUUAGUGGCUUAUCUACAACAAACAGCCGAAAUAAAAAAGAACUCACAAACCAGAUUUAUUCCAAGGGAACAGUGGGACGCGUUCGACCCUCAGCUUAUAGCAGAAGGGUUGUUUGCCGCUGCGAAUAUUUUUAGUGCCUUGAAGCUGUUGCACCUUUUCUCUAUUAACCCGCAUCUGGGACCGCUGCAGAUUUCCCUCGGUCGGAUGGUGAUCGACAUUGUAAAAUUCUUCUUUAUCUACACUCUAGUUCUCUUUGCCUUUGCUUGUGGUCUGAACCAGUUGCUAUGGUACUUUGCUGAUUUAGAGAAACGGAAGUGUUACGUUUUGCCCGGAGGUCUACCUGACUGGGACAAUGCAGGCGACUCGUGUAUGAAGUGGCGUAGUUUUGGAAAGUGA